CAGACCACAACAGGCCCGAUAUAAAAGAUGACGAGUAAAAGUUUUAUCAUUCUCGUAACUGCUUAUUCAUGAUCACAAUGUUUCUACUUGGAUGUUUAACUUCACUUAUUUUCAUUCAGAUCGCUUUCGCUCAAAGUAUUUCAUACAUGCCAAGGAAUGGCAUCGCAGCUUCUAAUAUUGUUUCUGCUGCUCAACCCCAAAACGUAAUCGCUAAUUCUCAUAACAUUGGAUUAGCGAGAUCUCCAAGCGGAGUGAUAACAAACAUCGGUGCUGGAAACGGAAUGGCGAGCGUUAUAGCAAAUUCCCAAUUUGCCAAUGCGAUAAAUGAAAAUGCAGCAAUCGCUGCCGCCAAUCAAGAAGUAGCCAACGCGAUCACCAACGCCAACUUAGCAAACGGUGUAGCGAAUGCCAAUCUAGCAGCUCUAGCGAGUGCUAAUUUAGCCGGCAUUAAUGGUAAUAUGGCAACUUUCAAUCUUGGCAAUGCUUUCACUAUUACAAGUGGAUCGCCUGGCAAUCCAGGCUUCGGAAUCCAAGUUUCGGGUGAUGCUUUAGAAGUCGGCGGUACUGUGGCCGUUAAUGGCCAAAUACCAAUCUACGGGACUGUGGCUGUUAACGGUAACUUACCUACAGAGGGUUCCGCAGCAGUUAACUACAACUGUGGAAGGCAGACUAUUGAUUGAUCUAUUUAAUUUAAUUGUAAAAUUUAAAUAAUAACUAUUUAUAUUAGAUUAAGAUAAAUUAAAGAGUAAUAAAUA